AUAGAGAGGAAAAAAACAGAGUUAUACCAAGAGUUGGGUUUACAGGCGCGAGAUUUAAGAUUCCAGCAUCUUGUGAGCAUAAGCUCUAGAAAUAACAAGAUCAUUUUAAGAAUGGAGUUUUUAAAAGCUGUCAUAACAACAGAAUAUCUUCUAAUACUGGAUUAUCGGAACCUUCAUCUAGAGCAGUGGUUCCUUCGGGAACUUGCUCCUCAGCUAGCAGGAGAAGGACAGCUUGUGACAUACUCCUUACCCUUUGAGUUUAGAGCCUUGGAGGCAAUCCUGCAGCACAGGAUUAGCAUUCUACAAGAGAGACUUCAAUAUCUGCAACCUCAUAUUCUGGAAACUUUGGAAGCGUUGGUGGACCCCAAACUAAUGUCAGUAGAUAGAAGUAAAUUGCAUGUUCUACUCCAGAAUGGAAAGAGUUUAUCAGAGUUAGAAACAGAUAUCAAAGUUUUUAAAGAAGCAAUUUUAGAAAUCUUGAAUGAAGAUGAACUUAUUGAAGAACUGUGUUUGACCAAGCCGGAUAGUCUUCAGCCCCCCGUGGAGGGUACUUCCAGGAUUGAUCAUGCUGAAGAGAUGGAAUUGCUUCUGGAGAAUUAUCAUAGACAAGCAGAAGACCUAGCUAAUGUGGCCAGAGAGCUACGUUUACUGAUUGAUGACUCAGAAAGUGUCAUUUUCCUUAACCUGGACAGCCACCGAAAUGUGAUGAUGAGACUGAACUUACAACUUACGAUGGGUACCUUCUCCAUCUCUCUCUUUGGUCUCAUUGGAGUUGCCUUUGGUAUGAAUUUGGAAUCUACCUUUGAAGAUGAUGCUAAGAUCUUUUGGUUUGUUACUGGAGUAAUGUUCCUAGGAAGUGGUCUAAUAUGGAGGCGGUUGCUUUCUUUUCUUGGAAGGCAUAUAGAACCAUCAAAGCCUCCCUCGGUAUGUUGGUAA